UGAAGGCAGCGGCAUUUCCUAGAGUGGGAGAAAGAAAUUUGGGAAUGGAGCUUCGGAGGGGCUCUUUUGUUUUUGGUUCUCCCCAGCUGGAGGAAGACUCUGGCUUUUGCAUGUCUACAGAAGAGAGAUCCACAGUGUCCUUUGAGGAUGUAACCAUGUUUUUCACAGAGGAGGAAUGGGGUCUGCUGGAUCCAGGCCAAAGAAAACUCUUCUGGGAAGUUACGGAGGAGAAUUUUGAGAAUGUGGCCUCUCUGGUUGCAGGGAACUACAUUUCCCUGAAUGUCUUACGAGCACCAGAGAAGUCAACUCUGCCUUUCCUAGGUGUUUAUGGAGUGGUUUUUCAACCAGCAAGAGAAGGAAAUUUAUGGAAUAUGCAGUUCCACGGAGCCUCUCUUCUCUCUCAUUUCCCCUGGCUGGAGGGAGAAUUUGGCUCUUGCACCUCUGCUAAAAAGAGUUUGUCAGUAUCCUUUGAAGAGGUAGCCACGUUCUUCACGGGGGAGGAAUGGGCUGUGCUGGAGCCAAGCCAAAGAAAACUCUUCUGGGAAGUGAUGAAGGAAAAUUACGAGACCUUGGCCUCUCUGGUUGCAGAUGUGAGGGAGAUGGGGAAUGAGAAUGAAUCAGAAAGAAUUGUGGAAAAAGAUGAGGACCUGCAGUCAGAAGUGAAUUCUCAGUACCAAGUGAACAGAAGUGAACAAGCAGUACCAAAGCAAGAGUACAGAAGGAGAAGGGAAAUAAAAGAUAAACAGAGGCAGGAAUGGGUUGGCUGUCAGAGCGGAAAAAAGCCUGAGGUCUCAACUCAAAAGAGGAAAAAUAGAUGGCUUAACAGUCGUGUGAAUCAUAAAUGGUUCAGCUACACAUUCAGUGGUCAAACACAUCUGACCAUUACAACAUGUUGGACAUGUGGAAAGGGCUUCCGCUGCAGUAGUGAAGUAAAAAUGCAUGAAAAGGUUCACUCAGGGGAGAAAUCAUAUGAAUGCUUGCAAUGUGAAAAGUUCCUCACUUUCAGCAGCUCCCUUAGGGCACAUGAAAAGAUUCAUACAAGGGAGAAGCCAUACAAAUGCUUGGAGUGUGGAAAGUGCUUCUCUCAGAAUUGUGACCUAACUAAACAUCAAAAGAGUCACACAGGUGUGAAACCAUAUAAAUGCUUGGAGUGUGGAAAGUGCUUCUCUCAGAAUAGCCAUCGAACUACACACCAAAAGAUUCACACAGGGGAGAAACCAUAUAAAUGCUCUGAAUGUGGAAAGUGCUUCUCUCAGAAUAGCGAGCUAACUAAACAUCGAAGGAUUCACACAGGGGAGAAGCCGUAUAAAUGCAAGAAGUGUGGAAAGUGCUUCUCUCAGAUUGGAACCCUAAGUGCACAUCAAAGGACUCACUCAGGGGAGAAACCAUAUAAAUGCUUGGAGUGUGGAAAGUGCUUCUCUCAGAACUGUGACCUAACUGCACAUAAAAGAAUUCACACAGGUGAGAAGCCAUAUAAAUGCUUAGAGUGUGGAAAGUGCUUCUCUAAGAAUUGCAACCUGAGUACACAUAAAAAGGUUCACACAGGGGAGAAACCAUAUAAAUGCCUGGAGUGUGGAAAGUGCUUCUCUCAGAAUUGUGACCUUACUACACAUCAAUGGAUUCACACAGGUGAGAAGCCAUAUAAAUGCAUGGAGUGUGGAAAGUGCUUCUCUAAGAAUGGCAACCUGAAUACACAUAAAAAGGUUCAUACAGGGGAGAAAUCAUAUAAAUGUUUGGAGUGUGGAAAGUGCUUCUCACAGAAUUGUGACCUAACAGCACAUCAAAGAAUUCACACAGGGGAGAAGCCAUAUAAAUGCUUGGCGUGUGGAAAGUGCUUCAGUUGGAAUAGUUAUUUAACUAAACAUCAGAAGGUUCACACAGGGGAGAAGCCCUAUAAAUGCUCUCAGUGUAGAAAGUGCUUCUCUCGGUGUGACAGCCUAACUGCACAUAACAAAGUUCACUCAGGGGAGAAGCCGUAUAAAUGUUUGGAGUGUGGAAAGUGCUUCUAUCGGAAUAGGGAUUUAACUAAACAUCACAAUGUUCACACAGGGGAGAAGCCAUAUAAAUGCUUGGAGUGUGGAAAAUGUUUCUCUCUGAAUGGCACCCUACGUAGACAUCAGAAGGUUCACACAGGGGAGAAGCCAUAUAAAUGUUUGGAGUGUGGAAAGUGCUUCUCUUGCAGCGGUGAUUUAACUAAACAUCAGAAGGUUCACAUAGGGGAGAAGCCAUAUAAAUGCUUGGAGUGUGGAAAAUGCUUCUCUCGGAAUGACCACCUAACAGCACAUCAAAAAGUUCACACAGGGGAGAAGCCAUAUAAAUGCUUGGAGUGUGGAAAGUGCUUCUCUCUGAAUGGCACCCUACGUGGACAUCAGAAGGUUCACACAGGAGAGAAGUCAUAUAAAUGCUCGGUGUGUGGAAAGUACUUCUUAAAGAAUAGCGGCCUAACUGCACAUCAAAGGAUUCACACAGGGGAGAAGCCAUAUAAGUGCUUGGAGUGUGGAAAGUGUUUUUCUCUGAAUGACACCCUAAGGAGACAUAAGAAGGUUCACACAGGAGAGAAGCCAUAUAAAUGCUUGGAGUGUGGAAAGUGCUUUUCUCUGAAUGACACCCUAAAGAAACAUAAGAAGAUUCACACAGGAGAGAAGCCGUAUAAAUGCUUUGAGUGUGGAAAGUGCUUCUCAGAGAAUAGCAGCCUAGCUGCACAUCAAAUGAUUCACACAGGGGAGAAACCAUUUGAAUGUUUGGAGUGGUGUGGAAAGUGCUUUUCUUGGAAUGGUGGCCUAAGCAGACAUCAAAGGGUUCACACAGGGGAGACGCCGUAUAAAUGUUUGGAGUGUGGAAAGUUCUUUUCUAAGAAUAGCAACUUGACUGUUCAUCAAAAGAUUCACACAGGGGAGAAGCCGUAUAAAUGUGAGUGUGGAAAGUGCUUCUCUCAGAUUGGCACUCUAAGUGCACAUCGAAAGGUUCACACAGGGGAGAAGCCAUAUCAAUGUUUGGAGUGUGGAAAGUGCUUUUCUAAGAAUAGCAACUUGACUGCUCAUCAAAAGAUUCAUACAGGGGAGAAGCCUUAUAAAUGCUUGGAGUGUGAAAAGUGCUUAUCUCAGAACGAAAAACUGACUUCACAUGAAAAGGUUCACACGGGGGAGAUGCCAUUUAAAUGUCUGGAACGUGGAAAGUGGUUUUCUAAGAAUAGCAACCUGACUGCUCAUCAAAAGAUUCAUGCAAGGGAGAAACCAUCUAAAUGCUUGGAGUGUGGAAAGUGUUUUUCGCUUAAUGGCACCCUAAAUAGACAUCAGAAGGUUCAUCUGGGGGAGGAGCCAUAUAAAUCAUUGGAGCGUGGAAAGUGCUUAUCAAAGAAAAGCACCCUAACUGCACUUCAAAGAGCUCCCACAACAGAAAAGCCAUAUCAAUGCUUUGACUGUGGAAAGUGCUUCUCUCUCAGUGGGUGCCUAGCUAGACAUCAGAAAGUUCACACAGGUGAGAAGCCAUAUAAAUGCUUGGAGUGUGGAAAGUGCUUCUCUCAGAAUGGCAACCUGAGUGCACAUAAAAAAAUUCAUACAGGGGAGAAGCCGUAUAAAUGUUUCGAGUGCGGAAAGUGCUUCUCUCAGAAUAAGAAGCUAACUAAAUAUCAGAAAGUUCACACGGGAGAAACCAUAUAAGUGCUUGGAGUGUGGAAAGUGCUUCUCUUGGAAUUGUGACCUAGCUGCACAUCAAAGGGUUCACACAGGUGAGAAGCUAUAUAAAUGCUUAGAGUGUGGAAAAUGCUUCUCUCGGAAUAACAGACUAACUGCACAUCAAAAGAGUCACACAGGGGAGAAUGUUUGGAAUGUGGAAAGUGCUUCUCUUGCAAUAGUGAUUUAACUAAUCAUCAGCAGGUUCACAAAGGAGAGACACUCUAUGAUUUCUUGGAAUAUGGGAAGUGCUUCUCUCAGAAUGACAAUCUUUUGGCAUUCGUUCGAAGUCAAAGUGAGAGCUUAUGCCACAUGAUUCACUCAGGAGUAGAGCCAUCCAAUGACAGUUAGUUAGCCUUGCUGGUUUGAAACCUUGACCUCUUAUAUAUUAGCUACCCUGGUCCAGAUCCACCUCUGAACCUAUUUCCCUUGUUUCUACUCCUGCUUAGUCAUUUUCCUCAAACAGAUAUGUGCCACAUCAUGUUGAGCGAAACCUACAUAUUUUUCUGUAAAACACUUUUACAUUCCUCUGCAAAAGGAUUGUUCACCAAGGCGGUGAGAUCGAUUAGCACCAGUAUUACCUAUUACAAAAUGGAAAGUGCCAUAAUUUCCCUGUGGGAAGUUACGGUAAUCUGAGACAGUGUCAUAUUGUGGAUUAAAUUUCAUGGAGGGUUGUUCUAUCAGUGGCUGCUUUUGGCACCUAAAGGGAAUCUUUACAUUCAUUGAAUGCCAGUGGCAGGAGGCAACAUCAAGAAAAGGCCUUGGUUUCUUUCCUUCAUUGUUGGUCCUCCAUAGCAAUUGGUUGUCCCUGUGUGAGAUGGCUUGUUGUGCUAUAUAGGCCACUGAUUUGAUCCACCAGAUCUCUUCUUAAGCAUUACGUUUCUAAAUAUGUCUUACUCUUGAAAGACUAAUGGGCAAUGUAAGCUAUAUCCAUUAGGUUUACAAUAUCCCUUUGCAAGAAUUCUGUGCCAUGAAGCCGGAAUAUCUUUGGGAAUUUGAUUGAAUAUACUAGGGGACCCUCUGGCCUUGAAUCCUUGUUCCUGGCUACUAUUCAACAGGAUUUGAGGUGUGUCACAAAACAUCAUUCCAACACAAGAAUGUCACCUUGUGUUUCAUACCAGAAUAUGAGAUGUUGUGUGUUGGAGUGACACCAAGUUGCUUAUCCCAACACCUGAAUCCUCCAGCCAGUAUGCCACUGUCAUUUGGCAAUCAUAUCUGUGGUGGAGAUCAUCUUGGGAGAAAGGGUCACCCUAAGAGGCAGAAAAGGAAACCAGAGAGAAGAGCAAGUUGGGAGUCCUUGCAUUCUGAAAAAAACUAUAAAUUCAGUGAGACCUGAGAGGCACGAUUCCUGCUCAGGUAAAUAUUUGGUAGUUCCUCCUGGGACCUUGGGAUCUAGGCCUCCUAAAGGCUUCCCUCUGCAGGAAGGGGGAGGAGCCAGAAACUGCCCAAAAUGUACAAAGGAAGGACCUCAGCCUCUAGAAGUCCUUAAACCCAGGUGGAAUCAAGGAGAGGAGGUAAUGGGGGAAUGGGCCUCCUGGCUGAAACAGAACUGAUCAUUGAAAGAGUUGUCUGUGAUACAGGAUGAGAUGCAAUUAAAGUGACUUCUGAGCAGUUCUUGGGCUUGUGGGUUGUCUGUGAUGGAGACCUGUGAGGAUAGAAUACUCAGUAGGGUAGGUACAGUACCAUCAAACAUUAUUUUGCUGUUGCCUUUCCAUCAGCCAUUUGGUAACUGCACAUUGAUUACAGUUCUUUAUGCAUACAGUUCUGUGAAAGAUGGUGUAUAAAGAAAAAAUCAAUAAAUUAAAUGAUUGGAAAAA